AUUUUUCGGUGUUGUAAUUGAGAUCUCUAAAUACUUUACGAAUUUUUAUAUCUUUAAACAAUUUGAUGCAAGGUUAUAAAUUCAGCGGCUAAAACAUUCUACAUGUCAGCGGGGCAGAUCAAUGUCCCAAUUGUAUUCCGCGGACGCAACGGGGCUGCUAUGGGCGUGGCAUCUAAACAUUCUCAAUGUUUUGCGGCUUGGUAUUUCCACGUUCCCGGCCUUAAGGUUGUAUCACCCUACGAUAUUGAAGACUGCAGAGGUUUAUUAAAAUCAGCUAUACGUGAUCCUGAUCCAGUUGUGGUUUUAGAAAACGAGGUUUUGUACGGUGUUCCUUUUCCAGUUAAUCCUGCGAUCAUGGAUAAAGACUUCCUAAUCCCAAUAGGCAAAGCAAAAAUAAUAAAACCUGGAAAACAUGUGACGGUGGUUGGUCAUUCUAAAGCAGUGAAGACCUGUCUAUUAGGGGCUGCAGAAUUGGCCAAGAAAGGUAUUGAAGUCGAAGUUAUUAAUUUACGUUCAUUGCGUCCUUUGGACACAGAAACGAUUUUUAACUCAGUGAAGAAAACACAUCAUUUAGUAACUGUAGAAUAG